GGACAACAGGAACGGCACAGGCUGCUUCAUUACGAGUUGCAGUUCGUCCAAGAUCCGUAUCUCUUCUGUUACCCUCCAUCCUUCAUCUCUAUAUCACUCUCAUCACUCUUCUCAAACACUUUGUUUUCUCCAUCAGUCUUGUGUCAGCUUGAAGCUCACUUGACCCUUCGGGAUUGAUUCCCGGAUCACCUAUCACUGCUACCUGUAUUCGCUGCUGCCUUGACUGGCCAGAUCAGACGAUCACAAGCAGUUGCAUUGAGCAUCCUUCAUCAUGAAAGCUAUCUCUGCUGCUCUCCUGGCUGGAGUGGCUUCGGCUGCCAUCGCCCCUCAACAGCCUAUCCAGUUCCCCAAGUCCUUCCCUGCCGAGGUCAAGGACGUCCUCGGAAACCAGCUUCAUCACCUCAAGGAUGCCCUCAAGGGGCUUACGGCUGAAGCAGCUGCAAUCUGGGAUGAGGUUGCUGCGAUGUAUCCCGAGGAUAUGAGCGCGGCCAGCUUCUUCUCCCUCCCCAAGAAGCACACCCGCCGUCCUGACCACGAAUGGGACCACAUUGUCCGUGGCGCUGACGUUCAAAGCGUCUGGGUGGAGAAUGCCAAUGGCGAGAAAGAGCGUGAUAUCGAUGGCAAACUUGAUACAUAUGACCUCCGGGUCAAGUCGGUCGACCCCUCCUCACUUGGUGUUGACACUGUCAAGCAAUAUUCGGGUUACCUCGACGACAAUGAGAACGAUAAGCACUUGUUCUACUGGUUCUUUGAGUCACGCAAUGACCCCAAGAACGACCCAGUUGUCUUGUGGCUCAACGGUGGCCCCGGUUGUUCGUCCUUGACCGGCCUCUUCCUCGAGCUUGGACCGGCCAGAAUCAACGAGAAGCUCCAGCUUGUCGACAACCCAUACUCCUGGAACGACAAUGCCAGCGUCAUCUUCCUGGAUCAGCCUGUCAACGUCGGCUACUCCUACUCCAGCUCUAGCGUCUCCAACACUGUCGCCGCCGGAAAGGAUGUGUACGCAUUGCUUACCCUGUUCUUUAAGCAGUUCCCAGAAUAUGCUAGCCAGGACUUCCACAUUGCGGGUGAAUCAUAUGCUGGACAUUAUAUCCCCGUCUUUGCGUCUGAAAUCCUGUCACACAAGAAGAGCAACAUCAACCUCAAAUCGCUUCUCAUUGGCAACGGUCUCACAGAUGGUUUGACUCAAUACCCCCAAUACCGCCCGAUGGCAUGUGGUGAUGGAGGAUGGCCUGCUGUUCUUGACGAACAGUCCUGCCAAGCCAUGGACAAUGCCCUUCCCCGCUGCUUGAACUUAAUUGAGAGCUGCUACAACAGCGAAAGCGUCUGGUCGUGCGUUCCGGCAAGCAUCUACUGUAAUAACGCUCUGCUAGCACCUUACCAGCGAACCGGCCAGAACGUCUAUGAUGUGCGCGGCAAAUGCAAGGACAGCAGCAACCUAUGCUAUCCCGAGCUUGGCUGGAUUAGCAAAUGGCUCAAUGACAAGUCUGUCAUGAAGGCUCUGGGUGUGGAGGUCGAUGGCUACGACUCAUGCAACUUCGACAUCAACCGCAACUUCCUGUUCCAGGGUGACUGGAUGCAACCUUUCCAUCGAUUGGUGCCUGGCCUCAUCGAGAAGCUGCCAGUGUUGAUCUAUGCAGGUGACGCUGACUUCAUCUGCAACUGGCUUGGUAACAAGGCAUGGACCGAGGCGCUUGAGUAUCCCGAUCACAAGAAGUUCGCAGCCGCUGAGAUGGAGGACCUCCGCCUCGAUGGCACCAAGGAUGGACGCAAGAUCGGAGAAGUCAAGUCUCAUGGCAAUUUUACCUUCAUGAGAAUUCAUGCAGGCGGUCACAUGGUUCCUCUUGACCAACCUGAAGCGAGCUUGGAAUUUUAUAACCGAUGGUUGGCGAAAGAAUGGUUCUAGACUAUCAACAUACGGGAGGAUAUGGUGAAUGCGGAGUGAUACUGCGUUGAACCCUCUGAGAGGGUUUUCUGUUUGGUCGAUGGAAACCGGUGUGUAGAUGGGGUGUGCUGAGGCUACGAGGAUCAAGGCGAAGCAUGGAUUGCCAGCGGUUAUGUGCAUUGUAUAUUCCUGCUGAAUUGGUAUAGUGAAUCGGAGCAAAUCCAUCAAUUGAAUCUUCCCUUCUUCUUGCCCCCUCGCAUUGCCGUGACUAUUCACGAUCCGGAGCGCCCCAGAUCGAUAGUGUGUA